UAAAUGUUACCGGCGCGGCCCCAUCAUAUCUGCCUAUGAUUGCAUUGAACUCUGCCCUCUGCCUCCUAUUAUCUCAAAGGUAUAAAGUGAGAUGUAUUUAUGUGCAGUGAUGUGUUUGCUUACACUGGUGAAGUGGCGGGACUGAAGUUAUUGAUAACAUGCCUGUAGUACAGUUUUUUAUUUGUCACCAUGUGCAUGUGUCGUUUGGGUGAUACCAUCUGAAGUGACUGAUAUUUUACUGGCUGUUUGAAUAUAUUUUGGAGUGAGCUUUAAACAAAUGUAUAGAGCAGUGAUGGAGCUGAUAGGGCUCUUCCUAGAGCUGCUGCAGUCAUUAGCGGAGCACCUGGUGAGCUACCGCGCGGGGCAGGCGGCGCUGCGCGGGCUGGACCGCGCGCUCUGGACCCUCGAGAAGACCGCCAAGUGGGCCGUGCCUCCGCCACUGGAGCAAGACACCCGGGCUCAGCCGGAGCUGGUGCGUCCGCUACCCUGGCUGCUGUUCCUGCCGCUGCUGGUGCUGCUGCGCGGCGCGCGGGAAACCGCAUCGCUGCUGCACCUCGCCAUGGGGAAGCCGCCGUUGAGGUCUGCUGAUGUGGUGGCCUUCAUCCAACACAAGCGGCGCUACCUGCGCACGCUCAAGUACCAGGGCAGCAGGCUGAUGCGCGCGCGCACGGGCGGCGCGGCGCCGGGCGGCUGGCGUGCCUUGCUGGACUACACCAUGUGCUUCAACCGGCAGCUCAACAACAACACGGAUCAGCAACAGCUGCUGGUGGUAAAACGCAAUAAAAACCGCGCGCGUGAGGCGGCGGCGGGCGCGGCGGCGGCGGAGAACACGAUGGACCGACUCAUUGAGAAGAUGAUGAUCGAUCUUAACGCGGGCGAUAGCGAUGACGACUCCAGCUAUACGCUAACGAACGCGGCGAGUAUCAAAUCGGAGACAGACUCGGAGUCAGACAGAGAGACCGUGUUCAGCAACGACGUGUCAGUAUCCACUCCCAACAAGCACGCCAUGUCGACCCCAGAGAAAGGCGACAACGCUAUAUUCACCCCAGAGAAAGAAGUGUCGGCCCUAGAACCCGAAGACCAAUCCAAGAGCACAACUGUCAACCCCAACGACAUCACGCUAACAGACGAAGAGUCCAAGAAAUCGCAAAACUCAAUCUCUAAAGCCAACUCGUCGAAUCAUAACUCAAACAAUUCUAAGAGUAAAAGUGAAAGCAUAAUAACGCCACCCAAAAAUGACGUAAACCACGCUAAUAACAAAAGCGACGUGUCAAAACCUAAUGAUGCCUGCGACCCGUUCAAAAAUGAGGAUGUGAAAUAUAAUUCGGCAAAGGAGGAAACCCUAUCGUUUAUACAGGGCGAGAAAAACUCUACGAAACAGCAGCAAAAGAAGAAAAUCGCCAACGACAGAGGGUCAAACAGUUCCCCGGGAAAAAAAACAGGACGCUACGCGGACAGGCGAGAAUUGAGUGCUCCAGCGAUGCGAGUGUCUUCCAACAAUGGAUCGCCAGUCAGAGAGAACAACAGGCACCGCGAAGCAGCGUCGUUUUACGACUAAUAAUAAGAUAUCGAGUGGAUUUCUGUUUGGCAUACGUUAGUAGAAUAUUCUGUAAUACAUUAUCGUUAUAUUACAAGGCAUUUGAUGAAUUUCGGUUCCUAGUCUGAAAUCAGUUUCCAUUUUUAAAAGAACGGAUCUUUUCGGCUACCGUAUUUAUUGAUUGCCUUGUAAUUAUAGAUAACUAUUUGCCGUAGGUAAUAGCUAUUUAUUGUGUUUCCAUUUUGAAUACAAAAAAAUGUAUGGUGGAGUCCGAAAAUACUAUCUUUGCAACAUUAACAAGUGGCAACACCAAACUUUAUGAGGGCAAUCUUUGAUAUAAUAAACCCACAAUGAUGAAGGCAGAAAUUCUAAUUUUAACGCUGUCAAACAAAAAAAAUGCUAGUAUAAAAUGAGAUUUCAGGGAACAGUCAUAGAGUCGAGUUUUAAACUAAGAAUUUAAGGUUUUGACAGCAUUCAAAUUAGAAUUUCCGCCUUCAGAAUCGACAUCAAUAAGUCUGUAUAUGUAUAAGAUAAACUGGUCACACUGAACAAUAUAUUUGACACAACAUCAUCACUCUUUGUAUUUUUUAGUGUUUCCAGUUUGUAUCUUAUGCAGACUUAUCCUGGGUUUACUAUAAACAAUAAUUAUUACGAGUACCUAUUCUCUGUAAUUUCUGACAUGGUAUGACUAUUCUAUUCUAUUCUCUGUGGGGGUGUAGGUAGAAACCAGCACCUGGCUCUCUCGAAUGGAACCUUUGUGCA